UAUCAGCCUGAUUUUCCAGUCAGUGAGACAGGUUCACAACUACAUACUGGUUGCUAUUGAAGGAAACAUAUGGACCAUAUCUAGCGUGUUGUUUAUAGCCUAUGUUUAAUGAAAUACUGUGAACUAUAGAUUUUAUAGUAAGCAAUGUACCUGCUGCGACCUCUCCUUGGGUUGACACAUACCAGAUGUGUUGUGUAUCCACUUCUGGCAAUGCUUUUGGCAUUUCAGAUCGAGUCGAAAGAUUUACCCAUUUGUAAAGAGUCGGAUUACCAUUAUGAAUACACUGAGUGUGAUGUGCUGGGGUCCCGCUGGAGGGUGGGAGUGCCCAACAAACCUAACACCUGCACUGGCCUCCCAGAGCCUGUCAAAGGCACAGAGUGCACUUUCUCCUGCAGCACGGGGGAGUUUCUGGACAUGAAGACGCAGGAGUGCCAGAAGUGUGCAGCAGGGACGUACUCUCUGGGGACUGGCGUGGCCUUUGACGAGUGGGACAGCAUGCCCUCUGGGUUCGUCACCCACGGCAUCAACAUGGAUGCUGGGGACGCCUACAUGAACUGCUCUAAUUCGACCUGGACACCAAAGGGAGACUUCAUUGCCUCCAACACAGACGAGUGCACAUCCACUCUGUCCUACGCCGUCAGUCUGAAGAAGCCUGGAUCUGUGACCUUCCAGUACCUCUACCCAGACAACAGCAUCUUCUUUGAGUUUUAUGUUCAGAAUGACCAGUGUCAGUCCUCUGAGGAACAAAGCCGCUGGAUGAAGACCACAGAGAUUGACUGGGACUCCCACUAUGUACAGCUGAGUCGGGGAAAUAAUGUGCUGUACUGGAGAACCACUGGCUUCUCCCUCAACGCCAACUCUGUCAAACCCAUCCUGUUGCGCAACAUCGCAAUCUCAGGUGUGGCCUACACGUCCGAGUGCUUUCCCUGUAAGGCGGGCACCUACAGCACUGAGGCAGGCGGCUCCCGAUGUGCCCCCUGCCCGGCCAACUCCUACUCGCACAAAGGGGCCACUGCGUGCCAGGAGUGUGAGAAGGAGAAAUAUGCUGGUAUAGGCUCUGGAGAAUGCCUCACCCGACCACCAUGUAAAGAGAGUGACUACUUCUACACACACACACCCUGUGACUACAACAGGACGACCCAGCUGAUGUACAAGUGGAUCGAGCCCAAGAUCUGCAGCGAGACAGCCGAAGGCGCCGUUCAGCUUCCUGCCUCGGGGCAGAUGACGACCUGCCCGCCCUGCAACCCGGGCUUCUUCAUGAGCAACGCCUCCACCUGCCAGCCCUGCCCACACGGCUUCUACUCCAACGGCUCAGUUUGCUCAGAGUGUUCUGCAGGGACAGAGCCGGUGGUGGGGUUUGAGUAUAAGUGGUGGAACCGGAUGCCCAGUAACAUGAAGAGCUCCGUCUACAGCAACGAAUACAGUGACUCAGAGAGAACCACAGCAUGGGAAGUGGCGGGGGAGUAUGUAUACACCACACCAGGAGACAUGGACACAGGCUAUAUGUUGCUCACCCUCACUGUUCCGGGGUACAGGUUGCCUCAUACCAUCACCACAGAUGGGACGAACACAGAGCUGUCCAAGAUCACCUUUGUGUUUGAGACCAAGUGUACGGAUAACUGCGUUCUCUACUUCAUGGCGGGUCUCAGUGAAAGGAACAACUUUGUGGCAGAGAGCUGGAGGGGAACCAAUGGGAAGCAGUCGUACUCUUACAUCAUCAAGAGCAACAGCACUGUCAGCUUCUCCUGGGGGUUCCAGCGGCAGCGCACCGCAGGGCCGACCACAGAGAAGCUGUACAGUGCCGACUUUGCCAAGAUCUACAUCGUCCGCAUCACCAACGUCAUCGGUGGCGUAGCGUCCGAGUGUCGCCACUGUGCCCUGGGGAUGCUGCAGGGUGCGGACUCCACCUGCGUGCCCUGCCCAGCCAGCCACUACAUGGUGGAGGGCAGCGGAGUGUGUAAGGCCUGUCCCGCCAACAGCAUCGUCCGCGCAGAGCACCAGGUCGGGCCAGACGCCUGUGUCCGCUGUGGACCCAACACACGCAGCAACAAGGCCCACACUGCCUGUCUGAGUGACUGUAAGCUGGCUGUGAAGCAGGGGGACGGGGAGACCCACCACUAUGACUUCUCUCCCCUGUCCAACGCUACCGCUGCCCAGAGCAGCCCACGCUUCACCACCAAGGGCCUCAAGUUCUUCCAGCAGUUCAGCAUUGGGCUGUGCGGAGGAGAGGGCAGAGCGAUGGCCACAUGUGUGGACAACAUCACAGAGAGCAGGAAGGAAUUGAGUGGCUACGUGUGUCAGUCCACCAUCGUCCCCACGGAUGUGAGGGGGCAGACUGUGGUGUCAUCCCAGCCCUUCAGCAUAGGAGACACCCUCGUAGGGGUCACCACCAAAUCAACUCUUGAUCAAAUAACCUCCUCUGAGAGUAACUUUCAGACAGAUUCCCCUUUACCUGAUGUCAUAUUUUACUACAGGGGAAGUGAAACAACGCAAGCUUGUAAAAAAGGAAGGUCAACAACCAUCAGACUGCGAUGCGAUCCCUCUGUGACAGGAAAUGACCUAAUUACUCUUCCGAGUAAAUGUCCUGAGGGCACCUGUGAUGGCUGCUCCUUCCAUCUGCUGUGGCUUUCCAGGCACGCCUGUCCUCUUUGCUCAGAGAGACACUACAAAAAGAUCGAGAGUGCCUGUAUCCAGGGCAUCAUGAGGACUACAUAUGUGUGGCAGCAGCCUCUGCACUGCUUUGGCGGGGUGACACUGCCCCCCCAGACGGUGAGUGCAUGUGUAACGCUGGACUUCUGGCUGAAGUUUGGGGUGUCCAUCGGCAGUGUCGCCGCCCUUCUGCUCAUCACCCUCAGCUGCUACUUCUGGAAGAAGACACGCAAACUGGAGUAUAAGUACUCUAAGCUGAUGAUGACGGCGGGAGAGAAGGAGUGUGAGCUCCCGGCGGCCGAUAGCUGUGCCAUCAUGGAGGGUGAGGACGCAGAAGAAGAUGACCUCAUCUACCUCACCAAGAAGUCCUUCUUUGGCAAGAUCAAGUCAUUCUCCAGAGAGGUUCAGAAUGACCAGUGUCAGUCCUCUGAGGAGCAAAGCCGCUGGAUGAAGACCACAGAGAAUGACUGGGACUCCCACUAUAGGACAUCGGAUGGAUUUGACUCGGUGCCGCUCAAGUCAUCAGCAGGUAUGGAGAUGGAGAUGAGCUGAAGCUGAAGCUGAAUACUUCUCCAGGACAAGGGCCAUCUUAUGCAUGCAGCCACAUGCAUUUCGGAAAUCAACUGUGCCUCAAUGGUGGCAGACAGAUGCAUAGUGCGCCAUCUAGUGGCCACACAUUUUUAUGACCCAUUUCCUUUCUCAACAGACUGUUUGAUAACAACAUUUAUUUUUAUAUGAUCGGGUUUACUGAAUGUAUCCUGGAUGGACAUAGUUCAAACACAGAAUGCCGGCAUUUGUCAUUGUCUGCAUAUCAUAAGAAAUACAGGCCUUCCCUAAGUUGGCUAUGGAUCAUAUCAGGUGCAGCCUGUGCCUAGUAGGCUACUGUACUGUAAGUGCUGCAUUUGACCAUUGAUCAUUAUUUCUGUUUAAUAUAUGAAAGUUAGAGUUAUUUCAGUGCUUGGUAGUUCCAAAGGGUUAAUGGAUAUGCCUGUCAUUUAAAGCUGUAUCAACCAGGUGUUUUUUUUACGACACAUUGUGCAAAUAAGCACAAAGCCUUUUGGGUUUAUUUUACAUCUAAAUUGUUGAACAGUUUAAGUUGUUAAAAAGUAGAUCUUAAUAAGGGCUUAUUUUAGACAGUUUGUAAUUGUUUUUUUUUUUUUUUUCAGUGUGUAUUUUUCACUUAAGAACAGCAGUCUAUAGGCUAUUGCAGAUUUGCGAAAGCAAAUGUAUGUCCAAAUUUGUAUUUAUAAUUAACUUGUACUGUCUGUGUACUGUACUGUGUUGUGUUUGCUUUACAAUCAUGUCAACGCAUUUAAUAAA